UGGACGGUCUAAACGCUGGUCUUGCAUCCUGAGUUUGAAAUAUCCUUGAGCGGGACUUUAAUGAGACGUGUCUGACAGCGGGCAGAGCUCUUUUUUGUCCUCUGAAAUGCGUUUCCACAUCAUCACCGCAGCUUUUCUCUGGGCUGCGUUUGUGGAGUCGCGGAAAAUCCGAGGAAUAUCUUCGUCCUAUAAAAGGUUCUACAGGGAGAGGAAGUCAUUUCUGUGCAUAGACGGGUCCAAAAUGAUUCCUUUCGAGCAGGUGAACGACGACUACUGCGACUGCGCAGAUGGGUCUGAUGAACCAGGCACCUCAGCGUGUCCUCGUGGUCGAUUCUACUGCACCAACCUGGGUUUCAGGCCCCACUACAUCCCAUCAUCUAGAGUCAAUGAUGGCAUCUGUGAUUGCUGCGACGCUUCAGAUGAAUACAACAGCCACGCUCGCUGCCAGAACUCUUGCUGGAAUCUGGGACAGAAAGAGCGGGCGUACGUGGAGGGUCAGAUGAAGACCUUGGAUGAGGGUUUGAGACUCAAGCAGCAGCUGAUUGAGGAGGGGGUGCUUCUCUGGAGGGAAAAACAGGCGCAGCUCAGAGAGCUUCAGCGGGCUGCUGAAGAUCUGCAGAUCAAAUUAGAGGAGCACAGAAAGAGGAAACAUGAAGCUGACCGACUCAAAGAACAAACAUUAAAGGCUUUGAAAGCUGAGGAUAAAGGUUUUAGGCAUCAGAAUAGCACCGUAUCGCACCUUUUCCAACUACUGGACAUCAAUAAAGAUGGCAGUAUAUCGUUGGAUGAAGUCAAGGCUAAAGUGGUGCUUGUCCAUGAUGAGACGAGGGUUCUCUCCGAGGAUGAAGCACUGACUUUGCUGGGUGGAGGGCACCAAAUGGAUCUGAGCAAGUUUCAAAACACCCUCUGGGAUGUCUUAAUACGAGGCGAUGGCUAUAAGAUCAAAGACGCCCACAGUGCCCCAGGUGGCCUCAUGAGUGAAGAUCCUCACUUAAAGGCAGCUGACAGAGCUGCAGAGUGGGAAGCUACCAACUUGAAGAAGGUGGAGGAAGCCUAUGAGACAGUCAACAUGGAAAUAAGCGAUCUACAGAAGAAGCUGGAAAUAGAUUACGGGACAGAUUGGGAGUAUUUGUUUCUGAACGGCCAGUGCUACAAGCUGAACGUGUAUGAGUACAUGUAUACCCUGUGCCCAUUCAAUAUGGUCUCACAAAAGAGCACAGCAGGAACAGAGGUCUCAUUAGGGCUGUGGGGAAUGUGGGCAGGACCAGCAAAGAACCGCUACAGUCAGAUGGUGUAUGAGAACGGAGAGCCGUGCUGGCAAGGAGGAUCUCGCACUACCUCUGUCACUCUGACAUGCGGAACCGAGACAGCCCUGCGAUCGGUGAAGGAACCCAGCAAAUGCCAGUACAUCAUGGACUUUGAGACUCCGGUGGCCUGUCAGCCGGUGCUGAAGCAGAGGGGCGUGCACAGCGAACUGUGACCUCCCCUUCCCUUUGCCGCCUUAGCCUGGAAUAACUUGGACCCCUGCCCUUGUUGGCUUGCCCACAGUGACAGGCCGGGGUCCUGAGGGUCCUCUGACAUCUGUGUUGUCAGAACGUAUAUACUUCCAUGCAAGUUUGACUGAGGUCAGAAAGUAUUUUUUGUAACGAUGUUCCAUGAACACUUUCUGUGGUUUGCAUAGACUGUUACUUUGCUACUUUAUAUCCAUUCUGUUCUUCCAUAUAGCGAUUACUGAUGCAUUUCUUAGACAGGAACGCUUGUGAAAUAGCUUGGUUUCAUUACAAAACAGAGCAAUAUUACAAUAAAUGAUUUCAUGAGGUCAGGCCACUUAGGUUACUAUUGUUGCAAAUAUAACCGCUACUUUCGAUGGGGGCUUUGUCACUCUUCUCGAUUGUAGAGUUCGCUUUAUUAUAGCCUUUACUUAAUAUCAGAAGAAGAAAUAUAUCGUCAUACAUGUAGAAAUAAAAAAGUUAUAUUUAAAAAGACCAAAAACAUUAAAAAAGUGUGAUAAAGAGCAGACAGAUUGACAAUGUCAAGAGUUCAGUUUUUCUUCCCCCCACCCCCGACUGAAAUUUGUCGAAUUUCCAGUCACUUUUAGUCAGUUUUAAAGGUUCAAUGCCAAAGUUUCUGUUGAAUUAAAUGGGAUGGCUGAAUUGUCUUCAGAGGAUCAAAUAUGUAGAUGUGAGCCUCUUACUGUUACAUAUUUACAUGUUAAACGGGCUGAAGGCUGAGAUCCAGCAGGGAAGGUCAGAAAGUAUUUAGGAACGCACAAAAUCUUCUCAGUAUGUCCAUCAGAUGGUAAAGUGUUGAAGUACGUUCUACUUACACUUGAGUGAUCACAUUUUUCUAACUGUAUAUAAUAGAAAGUGAUUAAAUUACACAUAACUGCUGUAUUAAAGUUUUAUUUCUGAA